AAGGUUGUGCCCGCCCUCUGUGUUUGCAAUUUCACGACUGCAUUGCAUCUAGUGGAAAACCCUUAACUCAAGCAGAUCUACAGGUAGCUGAGUCCCAGCCGCCAGCAUGUCUGGCACUGCUACAGUCCUGCAGCAGUUUGUGAGUGGCCUUAAGAGUCGAAAUGAAGACACACGUGCCAAAGCUGCCAAAGACCUCCAGCAUUAUGUCACCACAGAACUAAGAGAGCUGAGCCAAGAUGAAGCCACCACCUUCUACGACGAGCUGAACCACCACAUAUUCGAGUUGGUUUCCAGCUCAGAUGUGAAUGAGAAAAAAGGUGGUAUCCUGGCCAUAGUGAGUUUGAUUGGUGUGGAAGGGGGAAAUGCCACCCGUAUCAGCCGUUUUGCCAACUACCUGCGCAACCUGCUUCCCUCCAGCGACUCAGUGGUCAUGGAGAUGGCCUCUAAGGCCAUGGGUCACCUGUCCAUGGCGGGAGACACCUUCACUGCGGAGUAUGUGGAGUUUGAGGUGAAGAGAGCUCUAGAAUGGCUGGGAGCAGACAGGAAUGAGGGCAGACGGCAUGCAGCGGUGCUGGUUUUGCGAGAGCUCGCUGUUAGCGCACCCACAUUCUUCUUCCAGCAGGUGCAGCCGUUCUUUGAUAACAUUUUCUAUGCUGUGUGGGACUGCAAACAGGCGAUCCGUGAGGGAGCAGUAUCUGCACUCAGAGCCUGUCUGAUCCUCACCACCCAGAGAGAGACCAAAGAGAUGCAGAAGCCACAGUGGUACAAGCAAACGUUUGAGGAAGCCGAAAAGGGUUUUGAUGAGACUCUGGCUAAAGAGAAAGGCAUGAAUAAGGAUGACCGUGUCCAUGGAGCUCUACUGAUUCUCAAUGAACUGGUGCGAAUAAGCAGUAUGGAGGGAGAGCGUAUGAGAGAGGAAAUGGAGGAGAUUACACAGCAGCAGAUGGUUCAUGAUAAGUACUGCAAGGAGCUGAUGGGUUUCAGCACUAAACCUCGCCACAUCACGCCCUUCACCAGCUUUCAGUCAGUGCAGCCGCAGCAGUCCAAUGCUCUGCUGGGGCUGCUGGGAUAUAGCACACCACAGGGCUUCCUAAGUUUUGGAGCUGCACCUGUUCCCUCCAAAAGCACGCUGGUGGAAAGCCGGUACUGCAGAGAACUGAUGGAGGAGAGUUUUGACCAGGUGUGCCGUUGGGUGCUGAAAUACAGGACCAGUAAGAAUCCGCUCAUUCAGAUGACUAUCCUAAACCUACUGCCCCGACUUGCUGCCUUCCAGCCUCACACUUUCACUGAUCAGUAUUUACAGGACACUAUGGGGCACCUGCUGGGCUGCCUGAAGAAAGAGAAGGAGAGAACGGCAGCAUUUCAAGCGUUGGGGUUGCUGGUGGUUGCUGUGAGGGCCGAAAUUCAGCCCUACCUCAGCAAGAUCCUGGAGAUCAUCAAAGCUGCACUGCCACCUAAAGACUUUGCACACAAGAGGCAGAAGACCAUGCAGGUGGAUGCUACUGUAUUCACUUGUAUCAGUAUGCUGUCCAGAGCUAUGGGGCCUAGCAUACAACAGGAUGUCAAAGAACUUCUCGAGCCCAUGUUAGCUGUUGGUCUCAGUCCUGCUCUGACCGCAGUGCUGUACGACCUGAGCAGGCAGAUCCCACAGCUGAAGAAGGACAUUCAGGAUGGGCUGCUAAAAAUGCUUUCUCUUGUGCUCAUGCACAAGCCUCUGCGUCACCCCGGUAUGCCCAAGGGCCUGGCGUACCAGCUGGCGUCACCCAGCCUGACCAAUAUCCCUGAGGCUAGUGACGUGGGCAGCAUCACCCUGGCACUGCGCACUCUAGGCAGCUUUGAAUUUGAAGGUCAUUCGUUGACUCAGUUUGUGCGCCACUGUGCUGACCACUUCCUGAACAGUGAGCACAAGGAGAUCCGCAUGGAGGCAGCGCGCACCUGCUCGCGUCUGCUCACCCCCUCCAUGCGGAUCUGCAUGGAGGCAGCGCGUACCUGCUCGCGUCUGCUCACCCCCUCCAUCCACCUGAUCAGCGGCCACGGUCACGUCGUCAGUCAGACCGCUGUGCAGGUGGUGGCUGACGUUCUCAGCAAGUUACUGGUGGUUGGCAUCACUGACCCAG